CGCCAUGACACAAAGCUGUGGAAGAAGAAGCAGACGAAAAAAAAUAUGUGCAAGCAAAUCUCGCGAAAGAAAAUGAAAUUUGCAACAACUGCCGUGUGUGAAAUGUGAACGUGGAGAGUGCAACGCACCAUCGAGACAAUAAAACGCAUUUUAGUGAAUAUUUCGCCAGCGCCCCGCCCCUUAAAGUUGCGAAAAGAUGAAGCGAAAAUACGAAAAUUGCCUGCUGCAGCAGAGGCAGCAACAAAAUCCGUGUUUGUUGUAGAUAUACAUAUAUAUAUAUAUAUGCAAAUCCCAUCCGUACAUAAUACGGGGAGUACGGCGGAGAUACGGAUCAGCAGCCGUGAAAUAUAGAAUAAGGAUAUCGGCUCUGCCGCAUCCGCACUUGCAUCCAAAUUUAUUCAAAGUCCGAGAGAGCGCGCGAGAAAGAGGCGCGAAAAAUUCGCAACACAAAAUGGUUGUCUCCAAAGACAACAAGCGUCGCCGAAAGGAGACGGAGACCCCACCGCCCCCGCCGCCACCACCUGCGCCAGCGGUGGCCACUCCAACGGCGGCCGGAACGGCGACUCCGGCCAUUGAGUCGUCACCCGAAAUGCCCAAGAGAACGAAGGUGCAGGCUCAACGCAAGUUUGCCCAGGGUCAGAGUGCUCCAACCAGCAGCUCGUCAAGUAUUGCCGCUUAUAGUGCAGCAGCGGCAGCAGGAUCUGGCACUGGAUCUGGGCCCAGCACCUCGGGAGUGGAUAGCUCCCAGCCGCCGAUCGAGAUUCUGCCGAACAAGUGUCCCAAGGCCCAGGAUUUCCUCACCUUUCUCUGCUUUCGCGGCACUCCAGCGCUGCCGGCGCACUUGGACUACCUUAAUCAGGGCAAGUCAAAGGAUUCGGCCAAGGAGGCUGGUAAUAACGCAGUCGGCGGUCAGGCCAACAAUAAUAACAACGCCAAAAAGGUCGCCAACAAUAGUCGACAACAGACGACGGGCAUGGGAGCGGGCGGCAAGAAGAAGCGCGGCCGUCCUGCCAAAUCAGCAGGUGGCAAGAAAGCAGCGGAGGCGGAAACGACGGCGUCCACCGAGAAAAGCGCCUCAAUGGCAGCAGACAAAGCAGUCAGUGAUAAAAACAAUCUCAUUGCGGUCAGACAGCCUGCAGUUCCUUCGCCAACGCUAGCGACUGCUCCAGCUCCAGCUCCUGCUCCCUCUGUGUUGCCAGGAGCUGUACGCAAGCGGGCGGAGAUCGUCACCGAUGGCAACCGACGUGGUGGAAGAGGGAGGACAGCAGCUGUAACUGGAGCAGCCACCACCUCCAACGAUAAUAAACGGCGCUCGAAUCGUGCCAUCACUAAGGAGAGUAAAUCCGUGAUAGAAAAUGAUAACGAAUCGGAGGAGGACGAGGAGGAGGAUCAGAAAAGACACGAGGCAGUCGAUGAUGAUGACGACGAGUUCUUCUCCGCCCACGAUGCCACCUCCCGCAACGGUGAAGCCGAGGCAAAGGCAGAAAGUCCUAUAAAAACAGAGGAGAAAGCCAGGCGAGGACGUCCCUCGGGCGGCAAGAAACAAGCAGAGCCGUCUGAAGCCCAACAAACAGCGCUGAAGGACAAGGCGCCCGUAAAGCGUGUUAGGCAAAGGGAAUCGCCUAUUUUUAUACCCUCACCCGAAUCCUCGGGUCGCAUGACUAGACAGCGGGCUUUUUUCGAGCCCGUCAAGGUUCCGCCGCAUCAAGAGGAGACUGCGACCCCGGAGCCGCCCAAGGAAGAGCCCGAAUCACCAGAAAAGUCGGAACCCGAACCAGAGCCCAUCAAGAAGGCAAAGGAAGCCACCAAGGAGAAGACGAAUUCUAGUAUUUAUGCCAAAGACGCCAAGCAGCAGCUGGAGAACGGAGACAGUCAACAUGGUGCAGGAGCCAAGGGCAAGAAGAGCUUGAAUGUCUUUGAUUUCAGCUCGGAUGACGAACAGCCGCUGGCAAAGUCUAUUAAGCUGAAAAAGGGCGGCAAGGGGGCGAGCCCCAAGAAGGGAGGAGCAGCUGCUGCAGCUGCUCCGGCGGCCAGGAAUCGUAAGGCGAUUGCUAAAAAGUUAGAAAAGGAAAAGCUGGAGAAGGAGAGGGAAAAGCUGGAGAUGGAAAAGGAAAGGGAGAAGGAAAGAAGGGAGAAAGAGCUCGAAAAGGAAAAAAAAGAAAAGGAGAAGGAAAAGGAGCCUAUUCCCGAGAUCAAAGUGGAGGAACCGCCGAGUGGAGGGAAGCGCGGCAAGGCAGGCAAAAAGAAAGCUGAGGAUCCACCAGCCGACGAGCAGGACUUGGCGCCCCCUCUGUCCAAGAAGGCCGCACCUAAUGCCCGCGGUUCUAGGAAAUCAGCGAAAGGCAAAACCUCGGAGGAUUCCGCAGAGACAGAGCCUCAGAGAUCUCAGCGACCUUCCCGCAAAACGAAGGAGGCAGCUGCCAUCUACAUGGGCAUCAUUGGCCACAAACUGCAGCUGGCCGACGACGAGGAGGACGACCUGUCGCUGAGCAGCUUUCCAGACAUACCCAAUGUCAAGGAGAUGGAGAAGAUGGAGAACGAAAUCAAGCGCAAUGCGGCGGGAAAGUUAAGCGUGCCGGAGGCCACGACGGUGCUUCCGGCAGGCAAAUCCAACCGUAAGCCGUCGCCCCGUCCCAAGGAUUCGUCAGCAGGUGCACCAGCCCCAGUUGCCAAGUACGAGACCCCCUCCCCUCCAGAAGCCGAGGAGGAGAAGCCACCGCCUCCAGCACGACGUGGACGUCCGCCUAAGCAGGCCAAGGCAACUGGCGGAGCAGCGGCACCGCCACCGCCCCCAAAGCCGCCCAUCGAAGGCAUGCUGGUGAAGAAGGGCUCCCUGGCCAAAAUAUCCGAGCAGGCCAAGCCCAAAGCAAAGUCCGAACAUUUGAAAGUCGACUCCGACGAGGAGGAGGACUUUCUCAUCAACGAGGAGCUGAACGAAACCAAGCGCAAGCUGGAGAAGAGUUUCAGUGACUCGGACGACGAGCCGCUGGCCAUAAAGGUGCCAUCCGUGAUGGUGGCGACCUCGUUGGUGAAGGAGAAGGAGGAAGCAUCGCCGGCCAAGGUGCUCAGUCCGCAGCCCCCAAAGCUCGUGGCCACGCCAUCGCCUACCAUCUCGGCUCCAGCUCCAGUAUUCUCUGCUGCUGCUACUCCUCCUUUGCUUCCGCCGACCACGACCAGCACUCCCACCACCCAGCUGACUAUGCUGCCGCUGACGGCAAAGGCCACGCCCACGCUGGGCGGCCCCAUGCCCAGCAUGUUCCCGGGCAUGCACGCCAGCUAUUCCCCGGUGAAGGCCAUGGAAAAGAAGCCGCCGGUGCCCACGUCGAAGAUCCUCAAUGUACCCGCCACCUACGCUUUGCCAGGGAGUGCCAGUGGGAGCGGAACGGUAGGCGGUUUCCAGAAGACCUCCUCUUACCUGCCGCAAGCCUCGCCUCACUAUCAUUCCGGAUAUGUGCGUCCGCCUCCCACGCCAACGCAUCAGUUUGGCAGCGGCGGAGCACCAUCCGGGAGUAAGACUCCCUCGCAGGGCACCACAUCCUCUUCCCCGCUGAAGUAUCAGACGCCGCCAACUACCUAUCCGCCACCCAUCGAGGCGUAUCAGUGCCCCAAGAUCAAUCCGAACUUUCUAACGCCCAAAUACGAGCGGAGUCCAUUGCCGCCGCCGCGUUCCUCGGCCAGUAACAGCUUUCCCAGCCCUUCGCCGGUUAAGUUUAUGCCCACGUCAAGCACAACUGUCACCACGACAACGUCAGUGGGCACGCCGUCGUCCAUCGCCGCCACUAAGAGCCCUUUAGCUCCGCCGCCGCCAUCGCCGCCGGUCAGUCAGGUGAUGAUCCAGACGUCCAGCUUAAAUCUGAGCACUAGCAUAGCGGCCACCGUGAAUGCAGCACCAAUGGCCGUGGCAUCCACAUCAGCAGCAGCGGCACAGCAGGCGGCGGCACAGCAAGCGGCGGCAGCAGUAGUGGCUGGAGGAGUCACGGCCACGGCCACACCUCCGCCAGCGCACAGCAAUAGUGGAGGUGGCGGUGCUGCCGCUCCCAAUUCCGAUCCCCUGAAAGACGAGAUUGGAAGCAUACUGGCGCAGGCCACCCUCAUGCCCAGCAAGGAGGAAUCCGGCAAGAUCUUUGGGAUUGCCAGUGUGAGCUUGGCCCAGAGUUCGGGGCCAGACAACACCAAGUGCACCCUGGGCAAGUGCGGAUCCAUUCACAAGCCUGUGCUUGGGCCAGUGGUGCCGACGGAGGGUUAUUUCGGUGACCAGUUGUCCAGCAAGGAGCGACGCAAGGCAAAGGUGAAUAUGACCCACGAGCAGAUCCAGAAGUGGCUCAUCGAGUGCUCAUCCAAUCCGGAUGAGAUCCAAGAUGACUUGGAUGAUGAUUUCGAUGAUAGUCUGCGCCCGCAGCAAUCCACAACGCCGCCUCCCACAAGGGAUGACAAGGAGCUGAGUGCCAGCUUUAGUUCUUCAUCGAAGAACACGCGCGGUGAUCUGGGCAAGAGCGAGAGUGCCUGGUCGGCAAAGGGGCCGUCUCUGAAGGCCACACCCGUACUGGUUACGCCACCCAGUCGCAAGGAGCAGUUAGAGCAGGCGGAGGCGGUCAAGGAUUGCUGCGAUGCCUUGGAUUAUGACAAGUCCUCCACGACGCCAGUGAAUCUCACACAGAAACUCAACGCCAAUGAGACACUGUCAGCCGCCGCCGACAAGAAGAUUAACGAGCGCAAGACCAAGGAUUCGGUGAAGGCAUCCUCGACAGCCAAAACGUCUAAUCAGCAGCCGCGAAGUGCCGCCGCCACGCCUCCCACUCCUAUAUCGACGCCCACUCCUGUACCUCAGGCCUCAGCCAAGAGCAGUCCCACGCCGCCGCCGGUGGCCAAGCAGAAAGCGGAGAAGGGCAAGAGGAAUGCCGUAGCAGGUUCUGGAGUGACGGCUAUGCCUUCACCGCCGCCCGCGGCACCCACUCCGCCGAAUCCGAAGCGAACGCCGGUCUACAACCAAAAGGGGAGCAGGGCACAACAGCAGCAGCAGGCACAGCAACAGGUGGAGGCCAAGUCCCCAGCUAAUCUUCCCACCAAGAAGGAAUCUGUUUACGCCUUUGGCAAGGAGGAGGAGGCGACCAGCAUUAAGGCGUCCAGCAAUCGUCGGCGAGCGGAUCCCAGUCCAGUUCCUCCUGCUCCCGCUACCGUGCCCAAUGCGCUGAGUGAGAGAUCGCCUACCAAGAAGCGAGCAGCAGCAGCGGCGGCAGCCACAGCAGUCCAACUGACUCUAAGUCCCACGGAGAACUGUAAGAUCGAGGGCAAGCCGAAGGCCACAACUGGAAGGGGUGCCAAGAAGGCACAACAGCAGCAACCUGCUCCAGCAGCAGCGGCAGCCCCUGUAGAACCCAGUGGGGAUUCGGAUGCAGAGGGAGCCACCUUCUACAUUCCGCUUCAGGGCGCUGGCGUUGGCGGCAGCGGUGACGGAGGCAUUCAAGGUGUGGCUGUCAAGCUGGGACGCGAGGGCCCUGACGGACCGAACCAGAAGGUGGUUAUGCAGGCCACCCUGGUGACCAAGGCCCAGAUGGAUACCAACUCAAAGCCGCUGCCCGAGUCUUUGAAUACCAACGAGUUGGUAAAGACGCUUCUCCAUGCGGCCAGCAAUGAUGCAGCCUCCGCCACGACUACAACCAGCCUCAAAAGCACGCCCAAGGCCAGCACUUCGGCAGCAGCGGGAACGGGAGCAGCAGCUGGUGCUGCUACUGCUCCAGGAGCUGCCUCCAGCUUGGUGCGUGUCAACUCCAACUCCUCGCUCUUUUCCGGCUCGGCCAAGUCAAGGACAGCCGCCCAGACAAGUUCCACAGCGGCGGCCGUUGCCAAGAAGUACAAGGAUGACACACCCAUAAAGAUGGCCAAUAACACGGCCUUUCCGCGUCACGACGAUCCCACCCAAAUGGUGGAGGCACCCAUUUUCCGGCCCACGGAGAAGGAAUUCGCCGAUCCCAUUGAGUUUAUCGAGAGGAUCACACCGAUUGCGGCCAGAUUUGGCAUCUGCAAGAUCAUUCCGCCGGCGAGCUUCAAGCCAGAGUGCCGGAUAUCGGACGAGAUGCGAUUCACCGCCUAUAAUCAGUAUGUGCACAAGAUGCUCCAUCGCUGGGGCCCCAGUGCCAAGGAGCUGAGUGCGAUCAAAAAGUAUUUGGCGACCCAGAGCAUCGUGAUGAAUCAUCCGCCGUGGAUCGGUGGCAUGGAGGUGGACCUGCCGCGGCUGUAUCACACGGUGCAGGAGCUGGGCGGCCUCAAAGAGGUGAUCGAGAAGAAGAAAUGGUCGCGAGUGGCGGAGGAAAUGUGCAUACCCAAGCUGGCCCAGGAUCGGGUGACCAAGCUGGAUGACAUCUACUGCAAGUACCUGCUGCCAUACGACACGCUCUCGCCGGCGGAACGCCAGAAGCUCUUCGACGAGGUGGAAGCGGAUUGGGCUAAGCGGGAGGCAAGGGCGCGACGAAAUGCAGAUCGAUUCGUGAACACGGAGAGCGUGUCCAAUGAGGAGGAUGAUGUGAGCAGCGACGAGGAUGAGGAGUCCGAGGAGGAGAUCGAUGGCGUGUCCAUGGAGUGUAUAGUCAAGGGCCGAAGCAUGCCGCUCAGCCAAUUUUAUAGAAUAGCCCGGAAUACAAUGGCGCUGUGGUUCAAGAGCACGGAUCCCACGGUCAAUGAGGUGGAGGCUGAGUUUUGGCGUCAUGUUGCUGUGCGGGACAGCCAUGUGUGCGUCCACUCGGGCUCCAUUGACAGCUCCGGUUGGGGCUAUGGCUUUCCCAGUCCGGGUCCCAAAGGCAAGGGCUCCAACUAUGCCAGGCAUCCGUGGAACCUGAAAGUGCUGACCAAUAACGUGGGCUCUGUGCUGCGCUCCUUGGGCCCCGUUAUGGGCGUCACAGUGCCAACGCUUCACGUUGGCAUGUUGUUCUCCGCAUGCUGCUGGUACCGCGAUCCCCAUGGCCUGUCCUGGAUCGAGUACCUUCACACGGGGGCCUCUAAGCUGUGGUACGGCAUUCCCGACGAUCAGAGUGCCAACUUCAGAUCGGCUUUGACGUCGCUGAUUCCAACGCACUGCCAGAACAAGACCAUCUGGCUGCCCUGUGAUACGGUCAUGGUGCCGCCGCACAUGCUCACAGAUCGUGGUGUGUCGCUGUGCCGCAUCGAGCAGAAGCCGGGCGAAUUUAUUGUGGUCUUCCCCAGGGCCUACACCUCCAGCCUGGCCACUGGCUAUGUGGUCUCCGAGAGCGUCUACUUUGCCACCAUGUCGUGGCUGGAUCUGGCCAAGGAUGAUUUCAGGGACAUCCAUGAAAGCUGUGAGCCCGCCAUGUUCUCACUGGAGCAACUGCUCUUUGCCUUGGGCUACGAUCAGCGUGUAAACUCGGAGGCUCUGCAUCAGAUGCUACCCAUGCUGAAUGAGGUGUGCGAAAAGGAAUCGGCAGCCAGGGAGCAGCUUAGAGCUGCCGGCGUAACAUCCACCGAGAAAGUGCAGGCGGAAAAGGGUCAGAAGGCCAAGAAGCAACAACAGCCGCCGCACAAGUCAAUUGAGAGCGAAUGCGAUCUGUGCCGCGCCAACCUGUACAUAUCGAUGGUGCGCACCGAGGAGGGCAGCAUCUACUGCCUGCAGCAUGCGCUCAAGAACCUCAACAAUGGCAAUAUUCAGGCCAAGCAAUGCAAGCUGAUUUACGCAUACAAUGUGGACGACAUACAGCAGUUGAUCCGUCAGCUGCAGGAGAAGAUCCAUCACAAGGCGGCGGUGAAGAAAAAGUAGCAUCGUCGGCGUCGUUACUAAAAGGGGCGGCGCGCAAGACAACGGGAUGGGAUGCGGGAUUAAGAUGACGCAGGUAGAGAGUCAGAUAAAUGUACAUAUUGUAUGGAAGAUGUGUAUACUACGUAUGUGAUUCGCCAUCUUUGGGUGAAAUAUGUAAAGUGAUGACCACGCGAGUUGAUUGAUCUGUGUGACGUAUUAAGGAGCACAUAUACAUUAUAUAUAUCUAUAUAUAUAUAUUUAUACAACAUUUAUCUCCCAGUUAACCAACUGACACUAUUCACUAACUGUAUGAUAAAUAGGAGCAUCUAUAGGCUAAGGAUCUAAGGAUAAGGAUUCAAUGCGCGGCAAUGCUUUCACCUUUGACUAGUUUAUACAAUUAUUUAGAUCUUUAGGAAGUUUGCAAUCAUUUUGUUUUCCAUUUUCGUUUAUUUUUUUUGUUAUGCCUUGUGUACGUACCCCUUCCACUACCUUUCCCCCUUCCCCAAAUGAGAAAUGUUAUUAACCCUAUUAACCCUUGUGUUGUUGUAAAUAUAGUGCGAGCCUGCCUAGUGUAUGUAGUUAGCUUUCGGUUUAAGAGAGAGAGAGAGGAAACCAUGCUUAACGUGUUGCAAUUUCUACCUACCUUUUGUACGCUAAGAUAUAACGAGUAAUUAACAUAGCGCCUCCCCAUAAAGCACCUACAAUAGUAGGAGAGACCCGCGAUGGAUCCUCCGCUUAGCUAACGAACUAACGAACGAAAGCCAGAGUUACUAUCGAUUCACCAAAAAAAGAGAAAUAAAAAAAGAACACGACACAGAAACAGAUGCAAACCCAGAUCAAGGACAACAGGCAAUAAUUGCAAUGAGAGGGAACUUUUUCACUAAAUGUUCAAUGUGUAUUUAUAUAGUAGUAGUCAUAAUAAUACAUUUUAAGUAACAAGUGCAACAAUAAAUCUUAACGCGAUAUAUCGAA